AUGUCAUCCACAAACGUCAACAAUCAAGAAUACAUGCACAUAUUUGAACAGCUUUUAUAAUAAGCUCUAGAAGUACAGACUUAGGCACUAAAUAAACACCCAAAAAUGCCAAUUAUCUCUCAAUUUACUAAAUCAUUCAGAGAGCUUUGCACAAGUCUAAUAAAUUAGAAUAAGUAUAUGAUAGAGAACGGUGCUGAAGGAAAUUCUAUGAAUAUGAGCUUCUUGAGGCAUUCUUAUAGACCAAGUAAUGCUAGCGAUUUCGGAGAAUUAAGAAAAACAGAAUAAAAACUUGAAGAAUAUCGAGUUGUCCUAAAAAAUCUUGAAUAAGAAAACAAGCACAGUAAAGUUAGAGAGAAGCAAAUGUAAGAUGAGUUAGAUUAGCUAAGAAAUGAGAAUUAAUCAUUAAAUGAAUAAAUUUAAGAAAUCUUGCAAAGACACUAAUCUACUAAAAGAAAUCUUUCAGCUACUAUGAAAUAGCAGUAGACACUCGAGAUAUAGGAAUUACUUAAGCUACAUGAAGAAUCUGAAGAUAUAUUAAAGAAGAAGCUAAAGGACUAGAGUAUAGAUAUGUAAAGCUUAGAAUCUUAAAAUAUUGACUUUAAAUAAGAAUUAAGAGUUAAAGAUGACUAGCUCUAUAUUUUGCAAAAUGAACUUCAGAAGCAAAUGACAUUAUACAAUGAACUAUAACAUGAGAAAUUCGAUAUCACUCUUAGUAUUUAAAGAGAUAAAAAUAAUAAGGUUAAAGCAUAAAGCAGAGAUGGUCUCUCAUAAACUCAUAGAGCAUCUUCAUAAUUAACUUCAGUCAUUUCAGAAAGUAUAGAAGUGAAACGAAAUUAAAUAGCUUAAUCAUUGAUUCUAGAGGAAAUAAUAAAGAAUUCACAUAAAAAUGACAGCUAAGAGAGGCUUUAUGCAGAAAGAUUAGAAGAUCAAAAACUUAUGUAUGACAAGCUAGAAGAAAAGUUUAGAACUAUUAUUAGAGAAAGAGAAAUUAUAGAGCAAGCUAUUAGUGGAAUUGUAGACUUUGAGUAGAUAUGUGAAAGUAAGCUAGAGACACUGAUGAAGACUGUAACUGAUUAUUAAAAUUCUCAAGUGAAUAGAGACUCUCAAUAGCAGGUCUAAAUUCACUCACUCCACUAAUUCCUUUAAUCUACCCUAAAAGAGGCUAUGCUAAUAUUUGAAAAUGAGGAGUAAGUUAAAAAUAAGUUCAUUGAUCUUUGCAAUAAUCUUGGCUACCAAUCUAUGGGGUAAACAUUUGACUCACUGAUUUCUAUUCUGUUUUCUCAAGAUUAGCAAAAACAGAACAGUGAGAUUUUUGUUGAAUUCCAAAAUCAAAUUUCUGAUCUCAAGGUGACGAUCAACAAACAAAAUAGAGAAAUAGAUGAGUUAAAUGUUAAGAUCAUAAAUCAAGAAAAUGAUAAAUCUUUAGAAUAAUUAAAGGAUCGACUCGUUAAUGAAAAGCAAUAGCUUUAACAUCAAUCCUAAAAUCUUGAAAAUACCUUAUCCCAAGCUAACUCAAGAGUAAGAAUACUAGAGGAUGAUUAAAAAACUGUUUAUCAAUCACUAAUCAGCUUAAUUAAUUAGCAGCAUAUGAGUGCUCAUGCUUUUAUUGAUAGAAGCAAAGAGCCUUUAUUUGGACUAAUAAAGAAUCAAAUGCUUGAAAUGCUUGAACAACUAAGACUUCAUUGCGAUAAUCUCAGACAAGAUAAUGAUAAUUUCAAGAAUCAGACCUAAAAGAUGCAUGAAUAGCUUAAAGUAUUGUAAGAUUCUAGUAAAGAUAAUAAGACUAUUGGAGAUCUUAAAACUGAAAUUGAAGGCCUUAAGUAUCAAUUGAAGAGCUCCUUAGUAAAUAAUCAGUUUAAUCAGAGUGACGAUAGAAAGCAGCAAAUGUAUUUGGAAUAGAUUCUAAGAAAUUUAUAAGACUUGAAAUAUUAGAACGAGUCAACUAUGCACGUUUCACCUCAUAGAUCACACAUGAUUAAUCACUUUUCAGAGAAUCAAUCCAUCAAUAACAGUAGUUAUCCUACCAGAAGAGAAAACUCCAAUAAUCAUUCAACUUUAAACAACAAUCAUCUUAAUUUGUAGGAUGAGUAGGAUUUAUCAGAACGAGAUGAGAGUUAUAUGUAGACUACAGGAGGUUAAAAAAGUUAAGUAAUUGUAAAUCAUUUGCAUUUAGAGAAGGAUGCCCAGACACAGAUAAUAAAUCCCAAGAGACAAUCCCUAACUCCCAGGUAGUCCAAGCCAUAGAAUGAUUACAAUCAGUACUUACACAAUAAAAGUGUUGAAGAAGACAAAUCGAGUAUAAAUGACUCUAGAGUUAGUAAAAAUACCCAUGGUACCAGGAAAUCAAAUGCACUUCAAGAGAUGUCUUUCAACAAUAUCUUAAAUACAUAGAAGAAAACUCCCCACAACAAAGAAAAUCUGGAUAGUUUAAUUUAGAAAUUCAGACUAGAAAAUUAAGCUUUUUCUAGCAGAGUUUAGAAUCUAAAAUCAAGGAUUGAUAACGCUUAUGAUAAGUUUGCUAAUCAGUAAAAACCCAAACAGCCUAUGGAGUAUAAGCAAAAAAAAGAAAGACCGUCCAUCAAUAGAAAUGAAAAUAAUCAUCAGCAAAGAUUUUCAGUGAACUCAGCUGAGAGUGAAGAAGACGUUCACCAUAGGUCUUAGAACUCUUCUCAAUAUCCUCAAGUUUAAAUUGAAGUAGAUGAAACUCCACAUGGAGAAUACGGCAGAAAAGGGGGAAAAGAUAGAGAUUCUACAGGUACAAUGCAAAAUAAUAACAGCAAUCAGGCAACCAGGAAUCCAAACAAUGUUUUCGGAGGCGCAUAGAGCUCAAGGCGCACAUCAGAAAAUAAUUACAGCGGGAUUUAUAAAAAGAUGGCUAAGGCAAAUAUAUCAAAUAACUCUAUGAAUAAGCGAAAAUAUAUUCAAACUAGCGAUGAUGAAAUGUCGGAUGAACUUGAAAGUGAGCACAUAUUUGACAAAGAAUCCACAAAAAUAGUUACUAGAUAGAAGGCAGAAACUAUGGUAUAAAAGCAUUAGCGAACCUAAAAUAAACUUAUAAACAAAUUUCAAAUGUUCACAGCUCAAAAAGAUCACAAUAGAUCCUCCUAAAAUUGA